AUGCGCUCGCACUCGGCGUCCAGCCCCAGCCCCAGCCACAGCAGCCACAGCACUCUGCGCCGCCUCUUCUCGCUCAGCCACCACCAGUCCCACCACGAGCAGCAGCACCCCACGCACCCGUUCACCCACUCGACGCACGCGUCGCGCGCCGCUGCUCAACAGGCGCACGCGCGGCGCAAGCGCCGCAUCGACUCGUGGACGCUCCCGGAGCUCUACGCGCUGCGGGAGCUCGUGCACGUGGCCACCAACAAGACGCCCGUUGCCGCCACCGCACAGCUGCCGCCGCCGCCGAAUCGCACGGCCCGCGGCGACGCCUACAGCUGCAUUGGCGCCGGCAGCGCCCCCAGCUCGAGCUCCACGGCCACGUCGGCCCCGCCGUCGCUAUCAUCAGACGACGCAGGGGAGCAGCUGCCGACGCUGCCGUCGUUCCAGCUCGACACGGCGCUCGUGCACAGCAAACGCUUUUACUUUUGCCAGCGCGCCGACGCGCGGCUGCAGCUCCAGUCGCGGCGGCAGUUUGUGCGGCUGUUCCCGGCGCUGGGCCGCACGUCGAAAGCCGCGCAGCGUGCGCUGUUCCAGGCCUUUGACGCCAACUGGUCGGGCAAGAUCGAGUUUGAAGAGCUGUGUGAGAUGCUGGCGCGCGUGACGCGCGCGGGCGCGUCGGCUGUGCGCGAGAUGGCGGCGCUCGUGUUCUCGUGGUUCAAACGCGACCACAACAGCGCGGGACUAUCCCGUGCCGACGUCCAGUUGCUUGCAACAACGGUCGUGGAACUGGAUGGUGAUGCGAGUGUGCUGACGGAAGGCGGCAGUGCUUACAGUACUGCUGCUGGUGCUGGUGCCGGUGCUGGCGAUGCGGACGCUGAUGACGUCGCUGUGGACGUUGUGGCGUGGCUGAUGCAGUUGGUGCUGCUUCAUGGACGAUCGCAGUACGUGACAGAAGCGGCUUUUUGCGAGAAAAUGGACUGUGCAUUGGGUGUGCGAGUGCUGCAGGUGCUGUUUGCACCGUUUGAUGUGGUGAGAGCAGUGUUUGAGGACGAGAAGCUUUUGCACGACGUGGACGAUGAAAUGCAGUGGCAACCGGGUAUGAUGGCGUACGUCGUGUCGAGUCGUUGGUGGGCACAAUGGCAGCAAUAUGUCCGAUCAGGGAAAGACUGGCAACCUGCGCUGCAAGGAGAGCCACUGGACGAGACGAUUGACAGUAGUCGAUCGGGACAGGAAGCUGGAGACCAACCGGUGCAGGAGCAAGAACAAGAGCAAGGGAAGAACAACGCAUACGAGCAACAGAUUCGACGAAUGCCAGCGAGUUGCUGUCGUCCUGGGCCGAUUGGGAAUCGCGAUAUUUGUGUGAACGAACAGCUGGGAACCUUGCGACGGGGUCUUGUUGAAGGACGGGAUUUUGUUUUCGUGUCAAGUGGCGUCUGGAAGCGACUGCUACUAACGUAUGGGGGCGGACUCAGCUAUCCCCGACGGAUUGUAGAGGUACGUUCACCUAGCGAACGGCAGGACUUGCUUCCGGACAAGGAGAAGCACCAGGAGCGUGACAUCGUCACUGCGACGUUGACGUUUAGAGGAGGCCAAGUACGGAAGCAAGUCAAGGUGGAGCUGUAUCCGGUGUUGCUGCAGGUUCGUCUGGCGCGACACGAUUCAAGGCACGUGUACUUGGUGUACGCUCAGCGAUUCCUUCUCCACCGCACUUCUUCAAUAAAGGAGAUUGUGCAUCGAAUGGGCAUUUUUCCAGGCAUGAAUGCAAAAGAAGUGUCGCUAUGGCUGCGUCGUCGCCGUCUCCACGAUUGGGUGCCGCUUGAAUGUGAUCUCGAAUCCCCGGACGCCACUUUGAGUGGAUUGCAAAUUACAAGCGCUCAAGAACUACUUGUGGACUUUCGAGCAAUGGAUAUCGAUUGCGACCCGCACAGUAUCGCGCAGCAAUAUCGGCGGAGUUGCUUGACAGCUAUGCUUCCUCGAACGCCUUUCAACGUUGCUAUGCUACAACCCGUGGGCAACGACUUCGUCUACUGUCCUGGCACAAGUCGUGCCGCUUUUGCUAAAACAGGUGAUUGGAAGGUCUUGCGCAAAAGCAUGGCUGCCGAACAGGAAGCUGCUGCUAGAGGAUCGUCAGUAUCCGCAAAUGUGGGUUCUGAUGGUGUUCUUGUUGGGCUCACCAGACCAAUGGAACCGACAACGAGAACGUCUUGUGGGAGACUGGUUCAACACGCUGGUCUUCGAGCCACAGGACUCAUUAACAUGGGGAACACUUGCUUUAUGAACAGCGCACUUCAAUGCAUCGUUCACUCGCCAGUGUUCCGUGAGUACUUCUUGUCGAAUCGAUUCGAGCCAGACGUGAACAAAAAGAACCGUCUUGGCAGUCGAGGUGCAGUUUCCACAGCGUUCGCACAACUUCAGACUGCUCUCUGGCGUGAGCGCGAUCGAGGCUAUCUCCGUCCUAGUCGGUUUCGAGACGAAUUUACGCGAGUGUGCCGUCAUUUUGAGGAGACGCGUCAGUAUGAUGCUCACGAAUUUAUGGUUGCUCUUCUCGACUGUCUGCACGAGGAUCUAAACCAGAGUUUUCGGGCCUUGCCAGCGUCUAUCGACGACUUGAUACAGACAAGAAGCUCGAAAUGUUUUAGUUUUGGCAGGCUGACAGGAAGAGGUAUCGUGGAAAGUGAUGACAAUGAUGAUGAAGACGUGGAGGCGUAUCGUGAAGCAAUAAGCGCUUCUUCCGAUGAAGAUCAUGGUGACGCAGCUUGGCGUGAGUAUACAAGCACUAACUCUUCCAUCGUGGUAGACCUGUUCCACAGUCAAAUGCGUAGCGAGACUGUAUGUGGUACAUGUAGCGGGCGUAAGUGUACGUUUGAUCCGAACCUGUUUUUCAGUCUUCCCAUCCCAGAAUCGAAAUUUGUACGUGUGGAGGUAAACGUGCUGUUACAAGCCCGGAAGUUACCGAGUGGUGUUGACGAUGAGAACGAUACAGAAGUUGCUUUACAAGCGGAGCAGCGUGGUUACUGGCUUCAUCGAGGAAGUCAGGUGGGUGUACUGUGCGAUCGUAUUGCAAAAGCGUACGGGCGCGCAAGUGGAAACUGUUUUUUGCUCGUGGAGGUACGUCGAAAUCGCAUCAAGCGGAUCGUCGAGGAGGACGAAAUGGUCGACAAACUAGCCGCUGCUGCUCCUGGCUCGAUCGCUGCCUAUGAGCGUGCGUGGACUCUUGCCGAUGUUCCCAGUGUACCUGCUAUCAUAAGCGAGUAUUACAGCACGUGUGCGUUCGGUGGAGGUUACGCGAAUGCAAAUAGACGUGCUCAUGAAAGAAUCAGACAUUUUGCUGACCUUCGCGUGGGCUCCCGUGUUGAUGCACGAGACAAUCAUAACAACUGGCAUUCCGGCACGGUGAUCGAUGUAGUCGGCAGUGAUGAGCUUGACGAGCAUUCUGUUUCAACGAAGCACUUUAGACGCGUGUACGUCCACUUCGAUUCCUUCAGCAGCAAGUGGAACAAGUGGUUUACAGCUCGUGACUGGAAAUCAAAACGUCUUAAGCCUCUGGAUACUCGAAAGCCUACAGCGACAGAAGUGUUCGAGGUGCAAGUCGUACACCGGUACGUGUUGCAGUCCAGUUCGGUUGGGGUGCCUGAGUCCGGGCAGACAAGUGGCGACGGUCACCCGUUUACCGCCAACCAUCCAAAUUCACAAAAGCUGAGCAAUGUGUCCACACACGAGCGUCCAAUUUUGAACGUGUUUGGUACGCCCUUGUUCGUGACCAUUGCGUCCGACAAAACUGCACGAGAUAUGCAUCAGGCUCUAUUGCUGCAGACUGCUCGUUUCUGGCGAAGUUUCACCAGUGAUUUCAAGCCUACUGGCAAUAACAUCGACGAAAUGGCUGAGGAAACAUUGUUGCCGUAUGAGGUUCGAAUCGUGAAUCUGGACAACUUGGCUAGCGAGCGUGGUGAGCUUCUGCCCGUUGACUUUAGUGCACUGCUGCCGCAUUUUUCUACGCGUACUGUUCUUGCGCUGGACUGGGCAAGUAAUCUUGACUACAGUAGCCGCGAAGUAUGCGUAGCCGAUGAUGCUCCAGCAGAAGUGAUGGAGGCAGCUAGCGCGGAUCCAGACUUGCGUGCUGACCUUGAAAGCAGUGCGUUACCUAACCAACAAAAGACAGCAAGCAGUCAAGAGCGCUCACAGGUUGUGGAUGACGAACGUUCACCAAGCUGCGCUAUCCCGUUGACAAAGUGUAUGGAUGCUUUGAUGCGCGAAGAGUCUAUUUCGCUCGACGACCAUUGGAUAUGCGAACAGUGCGAUGUUCCUCGCGAAGGCACGCGGCUAUCCGCUAUUUGGCGGCUUCCUGACCUCGUGAUGAUACAGCUCAAGCGAUUUGAGUACCUUGAGAAUCAGCACAAACGGAAGGUGCGAGCACUCGUCGAUUUUCCACUGAAGGGGCUCGACUUUUCAAAAUGGAUGAGCCACCAUGACAGUGCAGACUCGUCGGUCUAUGAUUUGUAUGCAGUCACCAAUCACGUCGGCGGACUCACGCGCGGUCAUUACACAGCAUAUUGCCGCUACGAUGCUGAUUUUCCCGAGAGUGCAACGCUGUUCGGCGAAAAUGCAGAGGAUGCCGAUGUUCAAUGCUCCGAGUUGUGGUUUCGCUUUGACGACGAGAAGGUAUCUGAGAUUGCGGCGGGUGACGUCGUGACGGAUGCCGCCUAUGUAUUGUUUUACAAACGCCGGACGCUGUCGUCCUACAAUGUGCUUCGAUAUGCGCUUUGA